AUGAACGAAUUGAGCUCAGGUGUGUCAAGGAAGCUAUUUUGUAAUUCCGACAAGUUAUUUUAUGAUAACUUAAGAAAUUUGGACGAGCGGUUAAAUUUGAAUAACAAUUUUAAUGAGAAUAAUUAUAACGACACAAAUUUAAAAAAAAAUUAUGUACGAAGUAGUAGAAGAUUUAAAACAGAGCCACCAAAAAAAAUUUGUGAAAAUGAGAAUACACAAUUUUAUUCCUCAUUUUUUCAAAAAUUAUUGAGUAAUAUAUCCAAAAAUAUAACAUAUAAUAAAACGGAUGAUGAGAGGGAAAAUGAUGAGAGGGAAAAUGAUGAGAUGGAAAAUGAUGAGAGGGAAAAUGAUGAGAGGGAAAAUGAUGAGAGGGAAAAUGAUGAGAUGGAAAAUGAUGAGAGGGAAAAUGAUGAGAGGGAAAAUAACGAAAUUCUAAAUGGCAAAAUGCUAAAUGGUAAAAUGCUAAAUGGUAAAAUGCUAAAUGGUAAAAUGCUAAAUGGUAAAAUGCUAAAUGACGAAGCAAUGUUUGAAAAAAAUGCCACCUAUAGUAGUAUUUCAAAAGAGGGUAAAAAAAAUAUCCAAAUUUUCAAACAAGAUUUUGUUCAUAAAAAAAUAUCAAAUGAAGUAAAAAUGGAAAGGGGGGAACGCACAGGUAAAUUCUUAUCUGCGAAAAGUAUUUCCGAAGAGAAUGUUCCCCGGUCUAAUCGUAGACUGAGUGAUUCAAAGGAAAGAAGGGGAAUUUGUAAUAACAGUAGGAGCAGACACAAAGCAGUGGCCAUAAACAGGACAAGGAAAAAUCAAUGCAGUGGGAAAGAAACAGAAGAGAAGGAGGCGCUUAGCGAAGGGGAAGGACUACAUGAAAAGCAGAUUAGUAGAAUAAAGAAUUGCUGCGAUCAUUUAGAAGGAGUAUUAUACGAGGAAAAGUUUAAGAAUGGAGCAAAACGAUCAACAGAAAGAGAGUUCCAUGUGACAAACUCAAAAUGCCAUGGAACAAAAAUGAUAGAAGAAAGCAUAGGAAGAAAAAGCAAGGUAAGUGGAACAAAACUAGUAAAUAGUGAUAUAAUAUCAGAUGUUUUUUUAAGAAAAAAUGUAAAAAGUUUAAUUGUUUAUGAUACUGGGGGAAUAGAUAUAGAAUUAAUCGAAAACGAAAAUCCUGAAUUUUUAUAUCAUACAUACACAGGUAAUAGGAUAUCAAAUAUAUAUUAUGACUAUGAUGAUUAUAUUAAGAAUAAAAAUUUGUGUAAUGAUAAGGAAGUGAAUAGAUUCAAUUCGUCCUUUUUGCGUCAAGAGGAUAGUAACAGUGGAAAUUCGGUCAAUAGUGAUAGCUUUGGUAGAAACGGCUAUGUGAAGAGUGCGGGGAAGCAGCAAAAGGAGAAGAAGGAUACAUCCCAUCAUUGGAAGUCCGAACGGUUAGAAGAAAGCUGCUCUAAUAAACGAUGUGAAGAAGAAGAUAGCUUGGGAAGAAACCAUGUGGAAGAUAAAAUAAUGAAUCAGUCGAACGAAAUAUUUUACAGUGAUAGUAAUCUAAGUUGUAUUGAAAAGAACAGAUACAAAGUGAUAAAAAACUAUUCAUCAGAACGGCUUAAAGUAGUCGAUACGUAUUCGUCAGUUUCUAGUACUUCUUUAAAUAUAUCCGAAAAGGAAAAAAAUAAAAAAUAUUAUUAUAUAGGGGAAACUGUUAAUAAUGUUCGAAAUGGGUGGGGUAUGCUCAUAUAUAAUGAUAGAGUAAUUUUUGAAGGAGAGUAUAAAAUGAACAAUGCUAUUGGUUACUUUAUUAAAUACAAUGAAUAUUCAACAGAAAUAGGAUAUAGAAGCCCAUUAAGUAUUAAGUCAGUUAUUAUAAUGAGUGAUAAUGAUAAUUUUAUUAUUCAGAAUAAAUGUGAAAAUCUGAAUACAGUAAGAAUAGAUCAAGAUUUAGAUAAAAGUCCAAGUAAUAGUGUAUACACAAUGGGUAAUAAUACUAUUGUUAAUAAUUAUGGAAGUUUUAAUUCAAUAUGUAACAAAACGUAUAAAACUGAACUAAAUUUAUGCACAUCGGAACGGCUUACAAAUAGUAGUAAUUCGUCUUCAUGUUAUGAUUUUAGACCUCAAGUUCCAUCCACUUCUUUGGAUAAUAAAUCUAUAAAGGAAAGUUUACUAUUAAAUAAUAUUUUUAAUAAUUUUAAAAAUAGUACGUUUCAAUCAAAUAAAAUAGAGGAUAUAGAAAAGAUGAGAAAUGUAAACGUGAGAGAUGUAAACACGAGAAGUUUAAACAUGAAAAAUGUUAACAUGAAAAAUGUAAACAUGAGAAAUGUAAAUAUGAGAAAUGUAAAUAUGAGAAAUGUAAAUAUGUUCUCUAGUUAUAUCAGACAAAAGAGUAAACAUAAAACAAUUCCAGCACGCUCUGUUAAUUAUUUAAAACCACCUAUGAUGUCCUUUAUUAAAAAUAAUGAUUUAUUUUUUAACAGAAAUGGAUUUGGAAAAAAUGUGAAAUCAUCAUCCUCAACAGGAAGAAGGAAAAAAGAGCAUAGGACAACUCACUUCCUAAGCCCAAUGAAUAUUAUUGUUACUUCCUUUGACACGGAUGAUGAAACAAUAUCGUCUGAUAACAAUGAAGAGGGUAAAAAUGGUUUAGGUGGGCAGGUGGGUUGUCGCUCAGGUGCCAACCCCUUAAGAAGGAUUGACAAGCAGAAGCACGUUGUGCAGCAGAAAAUAGCAAAUUGUAUUAAUAUAAGUGUAAACAGUAAGGGUAAUACUAAUAGUAGUUGUAGUAGUAACAAUAAUAGCGGUUACGAUAGCAGCCAUUGUAAUAGUAGCCAUUGUAAUAGCAGCCGCUGUAAUGGCAGCCGCUGUAAUAGCCAAGAAUAUAAUAAAGGUAAACUGCUUAGCAACCUGAGCGACUUACACAACGAAACAAGUGAAACGAAGGAGAGCUCAACGAAUCACAUGGAUAAUCCUUUGUACAUCUUAACCGAAGGUGGAAAGGGAUUAACAUGCAAUUCGAAUGACAUACAGAUAGAAGAAGGAGGAGAUGCGAUGGAAACGGUAGAAGAAGAGGGAGAAGGAACAGAAGGGGAAGAAGUAGUGAACGGAUUCAAAGUAGUGGAGGGAGAAGAUGCGAUGGAAACAGUCGAAGAAGGGGAAGGCAUGUGCGGGGAGGAGGAAGAGGAGGAAGAAGUGAACAGCUUUGAAUUGAUGAAUGGAUUGAAGGGGGAAGCAUCUGGAAAAAAAGGGGGGGGAAUAAAUGAAUACAGAAGUGAAUGCAGUUUAGAACAGAGUUGCACAAAGAAAAAUAGUACUGAGUGGCACAGGGGCUUAAAAGCGGACUGUGAGAAUGUGGAAGAUAAGCAAAAUAAACUGAAUAUAAUAAUUACGGAUGAAUAUAAAAACUUAAUUUGUAAAAAUAUUAAUAAUGACAGUUUUGUAAUUAAAAAUAAUGAAAUUACAACUUUUGAAAAAUUUAUGGAAAAUCGGGAAAAUUACGACUGGGGAAAUAAAUGGAGGGAGGCCAUAAAAAAGGGAAAAGAUGAUGGCGGCAACUAUGAGGAGGUUGGAAGCCACAACAAGAAUAAAACUGAUAUGGACAAAGUAAAUGGGAGAUAUUCUUCCCAUGGCAAUGAAAAGGCAGUGAAUAGUGGUACUACGGAUGGGUAUAAACAUGAUAACAAAAGCAGUAAAGAAAAGGACUAUAGUGAAGAGAGUAAACAUACGUGUGAUGAACAAAAGAGCAUUGGGUGUUCAGGAAAGGGAAUCGCAGUGGACAAUAAUAUACGAGGUGAAAAAAAAGAAGAAAUAAAUUUUUACCAUUUUGAUAAAACUCUAAUUAGAAAAAGAUUAAGAGGUGCAACCUUUCCAGAAACACAUGAUGAUAGACAGAAAAAUUGUUUUCUAUUUAUUGAUGAUUAUUUAACAUCAAAUGAUGAUAAGUUUGAUAUGAUUAAUGAAGAUGUAAAGUUGAGAGCCUCUGAUUAUAAUAAGUGGUCUGUUAAUAUGUUAUAUAAUUUUCUAAAAAUGAUUGGUUUAAAAAAAGAGGCCUAUUUAUUUAAGAUAAACAAAGUUAGAGGUUAUCAUAUAUUAAAAUUAACAGAUAAGGAAUUAAAAAAAUUAAAUAUAAAUAAUACAUAUGUUAGAAAAUUUGUUUUAUCUGUUUUUCGUUUUUUAGUAAAUUCUAUAGAUAGUGCAGAUCCGUUAUCUUUAAAUUUUAAUACAGGACAAAAAUUCUCUUUUAAUAAUAUUAGAAACAUAUGUAAUAGUGAUAUAAUUAUUUUAAAUAAAAUAGGAGGUGGAAGUUAUGCUCAAGUGUUUAGGGCAAAAUAUAAGGGCAUAUAUGUUGCUUGUAAAUUGUUUUUAUACAAUCCGAAGGAUAUAAGUGAAGAGAGCUACUGUGAGAGUUAUAUAUCUACACCUAGGUCAAGUCAUAAGUACAUUUUCCCGAAAAUUAGUCAAAAUUUGAGUCUAGUAAAGGCUGAAUUGAGGAACAAGCGAGCUGAAGAAGAAGAAGAGGAGGUGGAGGAACAUAUGGAGGAGGAGCAUGUGGAAGACGCACGAAUAGAAGAGGAUCAACUAUCCGUUGUGGAGGGGAAAGCUAGACGGGAUGCCGAGUUAACAGAGAAUUCGUCAUACACUUUACAAAGAAAUAAGAAAAUCAAAAAAAUGGCGAACCUGGAAAUAUUUCGUUAUUUCCCAACACCAGUGAAAUAUCGAAAUUACGAAGCUAAAAUUUUGUAUUCUUUACGUGCAUGUACUAAUGUUAUAAAGUUAAUAGGUGUGUGUAGCUUAAGAGAAGGGGAGGAAUCAUUAAUAUUACAAUAUUGUCCUGGUGGUAGUUUAGAAAAAUAUAUAUACAGGGAUGAAAAAAAAAAAAGUUCCAUUUAUACAAAAUGUUUAUCAAGACCAAAAAUUGUUAAAAUAUUUCAACAAGUAGCAGAAGGAAUGUAUAAUGUGCAUUCUAAUCAAUUCUUUCAUAGAGACUUGAAGUUAUCAAAUAUAUUAUUAGAUGAAAACCAAAAUGCUAUUAUAUCUGAUUUUGGUUUAUCUACGUAUUUUUCUAUAAAUGAUAGUCCAACUGCUUAUGCUAUGUAUGGAAAUAUUUUUUAUGCUGCCCCAGAAGUUUUGAAAGGAGAAGGGUUUUUCAAAGAAUCAGAUGUAUGGUCAUUUGCUGUUAGUUUAUGGGAAGCCUUAACAAAAAAAAUUGCUUAUGAUGGGUUAUCUGCCUCUGAAACUUUUUGUAAAAUAUCUGCAGGUGAGUUAUUUUUGCCUAUUCCGAAUGAUAUACCAAGUGAAUUAUCUGAUUUGUUAAGAAGCAUGCUACAGUAUGAUUUUACAAAAAGACCUCUUUUUGAUAUUAUUGCGAAUAAAUUGGAACAUAUUAGGCUCGACGCUGAGAUGAAGCUCCACUGUGACAUAAUAUCCUUUUUCGACGGAUAG